AUGGCUUCGUUCCCCGAGUCGGAUUUCCAGAUCUGUCCGCUGUGCAAGGAGAUGUGCGGCUCGCCGGCUCCAGUCUCCUCUAAUUCGUCCACUUCGUCGUCCUCUUCGCAGACCUCAAACUCGUCCGGCGGAGGCGGAGGCGGGUCGUCGUCCUGCACCCCGUCGAGGCGGCUCCACGUCCUGCCCUGCCUGCACGCUUUCUGCCGCCAGUGCCUGGAAGCGCAGCGCCACCCAACCGCGGGCGACUCUCUCAAGCUGCGCUGCCCCAUUUGCGACCAGAAGGUGGUGAUCUCGGAGCCCCACAGCCGACAGGGCGAGCCCCGCUGCAGCUCGUGCGACGAAGGCAACGCCGCCAGCUCCCGCUGCCUCGACUGCCAGGAGCACCUGUGUGACAACUGUGUGCGCGCCCACCAGCGCGUCCGCCUCACGAAAGACCACUUCAUCGAGCGCUUUGGCCCAGGGCCGCCCGCGUCGGCGGGGACCGGCCCCGCCUCGGCAGCCGCCCAGCUCGCCCUCAGCCAGCCCUAUUCCGGCACGCCUUACAACAUCCUCUCCGUCUUCCCGGACCGUGUCAACUAUUGCCAGCACCACGACGACGAGGUUCUGCAUUUCUACUGUGAUGCUUGUUCUGUUCCUAUCUGUCGGGAAUGCACCAUGGGACGCCAUGUUGGCCAUAGCUUUAUCUACCUCCAAGAAGCUUUGCAGGACUCCAGAACACUUACUAUUCAGCUGCUAGCAGAUGCACAACAGGGUCGCCAGGCCAUUCAGCUGAGUAUUGAGCAAGCGCAAGCUGUAGCAGAACAAGUUGAGAUGAAGGCAAAAAUGGUACAAUCUGAAGUGAAGGCCGUGACUUCCAGACACAAGAAGGCUUUAGAAGAAAGAGAAUGUGAGCUGCUAUGGAAGGUGGAAAAAAUCCGCCAAGUGAAAGCCAAGUCCCUCUACCUGCAAGUUGAAAAGUUACGUCAAAACCUCAAUAAGCUAGACAACACCAUCAGCGCAGUCCAGCAAGUCUUAGAGGAGGGCCGGAACAUGGAUAUCCUCUUAGCACGGGAUCGGAUGCUUGCACAGGUGCAGGAGAUGAAGAAUGUAAGAGGCUUCCUGCAGCCUCAAGAGGAUGACAGGGUCAUGUUCACUCCUCCUGAUCAGGCACUGUAUAUGGCCAUCAAGUCUAUGGGGUUUGUCAGCAGUGGGGCCUUUGCUCCUCUGACCAAAGCCACUGGGGAGGGUCUCAAACGUGCAUUGCAAGGCAAAGUAGCCUCUUUCUCAGUGAUAGGUUAUGACCACGAUGGUGAGCCUCGCCUUUCUGGGGGGGACAUGAUCUCAGCUGUGGUAAUGGGGCCAGAUGGAAAUCUUUUUGGCGCUGAUAUAUGUGACCAGCAGAAUGGAACCUAUCUGGUCAAUUACAGGCCUCAGAUGGAAGGGGAACAUCUGAUCUCAGUCAUGAUGUGCAACCAGCAUAUAGAAAGCAGCCCAUUUAAAGUCAUGGUCAAAUCAGGGCGCAGUUAUGUUGGCAUUGGACUACCAGGGCUCUGUUUUGCUAGUGAGGGGGAUAGUGAUGGAAAACUGUGCCGUCCCUGGGGUGUUAGUGUAGACAAGGAAGGCUAUAUCAUUGUUGCCGAUCGUAGCAACAACCGCAUUCAGAUAUUUAAGCCUUGUGGGGCUUUUCACCACAAGUUUGGCACCUUGGGCUCCAGACCUGGCCAGUUCGAUAGGCCUGCUGGUGUUGCCUGUGACUCCUCGCGGAGGAUUGUUGUGGCAGACAAGGACAAUCAUCGCAUCCAGAUCUUCACUUUUGAUGGCCAGUUCAUUCUCAAGUUUGGGGAGAAAGGAACCAAGAAUGGUCAGUUCAAUUACCCAUGGGAUGUAGCAGUAAACUCCGAGGGAAAAAUCCUGGUGUCCGACACGAGGAAUCAUCGGGUUCAGCUGUUUGGGCCUGACGGAGUGUUCCUGAAUAAAUAUGGUUUUGAAGGAGCACUCUGGAAGCACUUUGAUUCCCCACGAGGCGUGACAUUCAAUCACGAGGGCCAUCUUGUCGUGACCGAUUUCAACAAUCAUCGUCUUCUAGUCAUCCAUCCCGACUGUCAGUCGGCCCGUUUCCUUGGGUCCGAAGGCACAAAUAAUGGCCAGUUUCUGCGCCCACAAGGUGUGGCUGUGGAUCAGGAAGGUCGUAUUAUUGUGGCAGAUUCCAGGAACCAUCGCGUGCAGAUCUUUGAGCCGAAUGGUAGUUUCUUAUGCAAAUUUGGCACUCAGGGAAGUGGCUUUGGUCAGAUGGACCGUCCUUCAGGUAUUACAGUCACCCCAGAUGGCAUGAUAGUUGUGGUGGACUUUGGAAACAAUCGAAUCCUCGUCUUCUAA